UCCCUGUUUCUCGUACGGAGGGCCAGAUAGAGCAUCAGAGAUCAGGGCACGAGGAGGAGACACGCGGCGAACGCACCGAAUCAUGGCCACAUCAGACACGGCACCGCAGCAGAUCCUUGAGUCCGAACCCCGCGCACUAAGUUUGAUAUCACGGCUGACCGGCACCGGAACCGAGUUGACCGAGAGCACGGCAGAUCCGCGAACAGAAUGAGGGUGAUUUAUAUCCAGAACGCCGGCGCGGUCGCUGCUUUCUCGGUCGAGACACGGAACGAUUAUCUGCGGUAGAUUGAAACAAAGGAAUAACGGUGAAGACAUGAUCGAACGCGUCACGGCAACGAGAACACGUCACGAUGGAAUAGCACACGUCAUAGAAUAAAAUAGCGUCAUAAUAGAAUAGCACGCGUUCUAAUUGUGAAUGAUACAUUGUAGCAUUUUUAUAGGUGCCAUAAAGUUACGCGUUCAAAUGGGUUGUUUUCAUGUUAAUAAUGUGACCUGUAGAAUAUUUUUAGUCCGUUUAUAUCCAUACUGACCCUGUUUUAUCGUUCAUAACUAGACUAGACUAUUAUUAUUGUUUUUAGAUAGCCUACCAUAGCCGGCUAUAGGUAGAAUAGACACCUCAUUAAAAUAUGAGUCAUUAUUGACAAUCAUAAAUAAGUUUAUAUGUUAACAUAAUUAAACGUCGUCUUGUAAUUUAUUUAUUUAUUUAUUAUAUGCUAAUUAGUUUUUAUUACUGUUAUUAUCAAAAGCAUUUAGUCAAGGUAUUUAAACGUAGAGGGAAGUGUUACAUGUCAGCCUCCGGGGUGAUGGAGACACAAAGGUCGGGUGCGGGUGACCCGUCGGGCCCCUCGGCGGAGGCCCCCGAAGGCUCCGGCGGGGUCCGACGCAGCAGCUCCGGUGUAAAGAAACAUCAUCACAAACACAACCUGAAGCACCGCUACGAGCUGCUGGAGACCCUGGGUAGAGGAACGUACGGGAAAGUCAAGAAGGCCAUCGAGCGCCAUUCUGGAAGAGAGGUUGCCAUCAAGUCCAUCAGGAAGGAGAAGAUAAAGGAUGAACAGUACAUGGUUCACAUUCGACGAGAGAUUGAAAUCAUGUCAUCUCUUCGUCACCCACAUAUCAUCUCUAUAUAUGAAGUGUUUGAAAAUAAAGACAAGAUUGUGAUCGUCAUGGAAUACGCCAGUAAAGGCGAACUCUACGACUACAUCAGCGAACGCCGCCGUCUGACGGAGAGAGAAACCAGACACUUCUUUAGACAGAUUGUGUCUGCUGUGCACUACUGCCACAAGAAUGGUGUUGUUCACCGGGACCUGAAACUGGAGAAUGUGCUACUGGAUGAAAACUGUAACAUAAAGAUUGCUGAUUUUGGCCUUUCCAACCUGUACCAUAAAGACAAGCUUCUGCAGACCUUCUGUGGUAGUCCACUGUACGCAUCUCCAGAGAUUGUCAAUGGAAGACCAUACCGUGGUCCAGAGGUGGAUAGCUGGGCCCUGGGGGUGUUGCUGUAUACGCUGGUCUAUGGCAGUAUGCCGUUUGAUGGAGGAGACCAUAAAAAUCUAAUUCGGCAAAUCAGCAACGGGGAGUAUCGUGAACCGACUCAGUCAUCAGAUGCUCGAGGUCUGAUCCGCUGGAUGCUGAUGGUCAACCCUGAGCGUCGGGCCACAGUGGAAGACAUCGCAAAUCACUGGUGGGUAAACUGGGGAUGGAAGACUAGCGUAUGUGACUGUGAAUCGCAAAGAGAUGCUGGCUCACCCAUGUUGGCCCGUCUCAUCGACUGGCAGAAUCGGACCGAGCCCCGUCCAACCAAAGCCGUCCGGUCCGAGCCAUUCCUGUUGGUCCGUCAACGGCCCAAAAAAUCCAAGAAAGAGAACGAUGUUGGAGUUUCCUGCUGUAUUGGCGAUGAAAGUUUGGGCCUGAAGAGACCAAAGAGCAUCUUGAAGACAAGACUAUCUGAUGAGCAACACUCCCCAAGUAUGGACGACAUAGAGUUGGUGUCUGGUGCGGAAACCCCAGAGAAGGAAACUGGGCUUGAAGCUGAUGAAGGUGAGGAGGAGCCAACACUAACAGGCAACUCCCCUAGUAAGAUGAUCUCCGUUUUUCCAAAGAAGGGGAUCCUAAAGAACAACCAACAACGGGAAUCAGGGUACUAUUCUUCCCCGGAGCGCAGUGAGUCCUCUGAUCUGCUAGGUGGCAACAUCACACCCCUUGGAUCUAGCUCACCACCAAAACGAGCCGUUGGGAGGAAAGGCAUCUUGAAGCGCAAUGGGAAGUAUUCCACAUACAGUGGAGCUCCUCCCAUGAGUGUCCUGGGAGAGCCAGCACCUGGCGAUUCCGGUUUAUCCCGCAGUCAGAGUCGCCCAUCCAGCAUCGUGAGGCAGGAUAGUGACACCAUCACCAACAGCCCCUUCAGCACCACUGACUGGCCCCCACCCAUCACCCGGCCCAAAAUCAGAAGCUGUGUGUCUGCAGAAAACCUUCUUCAGCUUGCUAACUUCAAAGGGCUCCAGGCAGCUCCACCACUGCAUAGUGGAAAAUUUGGUAGAGGGGCACAGCGGUCCCCUGGGGAUAACAGCAGCUUUUCUCUGUUAGGAGACCUGGAUGAUAUGACUCAGGUGUACCAACAAGCCCUGGACAUCAGCAACAACCUGUCAUAGAGAGAAGGGGGCCAACUGAGUGGUGCCUAGAAGGAAAGAUGCUAAAACAAGUGGGAGGUGUUUGUUUGGCAUGUUGUUGACGACCAGUGUAACACUGGGAUUCUAUGAAUGUGAGUCAUUUAUUUGAUGGGAUGAUAUUGGAGGUUGUACUCAACCAUUACCCUAACCUGAACUCCUGGCCCCUAACCACUAACCCUACCAUACCCUGCCCAUACCCCUACCCUAUCCCAUACACAGUUUUUAAGCGUUUCAAGCCAGUUAAGUUUUAGUCGGUACUUUGGGACAUUAUCUCCCCUAUAGGCAAGAGGUGAAAUUAAAUGUUUACAUAUUAAAUGAAAGGUGAGUUAGCAUUACAGAAGACAUCAUGGAACGGCCUUGACGAGACAACAAUAAGAGCCAACCUGAGUUUAUAAAGCACCUUAAAACUCACAGAGCACAUUUCGUAUUGUGGUCUUUACUUUCAAACCAAGAAACCAGGGUCUUGCUCCAAAAGAACUGUUAUUGUUUAUUAUUUAUUAAUAUUUUUUGUAGAUUUAGUGAUUCAAAACUGGUGUGGUCUGGCAGUACUGGAAUAACAGAAUAACAUAAUUAAAUCUCUCAUUUCCUUGAUUGGAACUGACAUAUAUAAUUGUUUGGUUUCUUUGUUGGUUAUUGCUGAUAUAUCACUUAAACUACUUAUGUAAUGAUCAAACUUGUAUUGAUCCUUGUAUUGAGCAAAAUCACAUCAAUGGAGUGUAUGGAAUUAUAUAAGUGCCUUUUUGUUGGUUUAAUUCAUAUUAAAUUAUGUAUGUCAUUUCCUUGAGAGAUGCCAGAGAAAGUUGUUGUCAGGUGAACAGCGCAUUUUAUUAUUAUUAUUUUAUUUUAUUUUAUUUUAAUUUUUGAGUUUGUAUUGAUUGCUUAGAAAAAGCCCAGGACCUCAGAGCACAAAGUCCACCCUCCAGGCUCAAGAACUUCUAGACUUCAAGGUACACCAUACAUAAAUUCACCUCACCACCGAGUUAGAGAGGCCAGUGUUUGCUUACCAUGAUUCAAGAAUAACACAGUUGGUCCUUGAUCAACUUGUAAAGGAGCCGUGUCCAGAACCCUCUACAUCAUUAACACAGGAUGUGUGGUGUUUGGUACUUCAAGGCUCCAACAUCUCGGAUCAAGUCUGGGAAGGUUUUGAUUGGUUGAUUGUGAUCGAGUCCUGACAGGAACGUGCGUGCAAGCACCAUGUGUUUCUCUGGAAUGGUACUCUUGUGGUUUCUUGAUUGGUUUAGGUGACUUUUGAGGGUUUCUGGACACUUUCACCUUAACAAGGUUUAACGCAAGGUACAAAUCUCAGACACACUCUCAACUUCCAGGAAUGUUCCAGGCAGAGACAAGCUUGUUUGGAUAUUUCUUUAAGUUUUGGCCUGUAGGAACAUGGUCUCUCUUGGUGUUUAUCUGUUGAUCCCUGUGGAUUUCUUUGCUCAGCCCAAAAAAUAACAGAUUAUUGGUUUUCGUUGAACUUUGAUGCCCAAAACACUCCCUCUCAGGGCUAAAAAACCACAAACAGACCGAUUAGUUUCAAAGCAGCGAUGAGCCAGCAAAUUCCAAGCUCUUCAGAGGCAUGUUUGGACUAGAUCUUAACACCAUGACCUGGAGAGCAUCCAUGUGUGUGUGGGUUUGAUAAGGAGAAAAGCUUUAUUGUUUCAGGAUGAUCAGCCUUUAGUAGUUUUGGACACAAGAAAGUGUUAUUUUAGGUUUAAGGCUGUUUUUUAGAAGGUAAGAGUGAAGUAGUUGUAGUAGUACAGAGAAAGGUGUUUACUGAGGUAGAUUUGUGAAAGUAUUGCUAGAUGCGGGACACUUCUCUAGUAAGUGGGAUACAGAGAAUCGUUCACCGGAAAAGAUGUAGGUAGCUUUAUAUUCGCUACAUGCGAGGAAAGAGGAGCGUAUGUGUAGAUAUUGAAAGAUCAGGAAUGUAGAUGAAAGGAUAAGGGAUGUAUUUUAUACCAAAGAAUGGUGUUUAUGGGUAAAGAUGCCAGGCAGCAGAUUAACCAAUAGGAUGCAAGGGGGCAAAGUGGAAAAAACAUCAAUUUAUUCACUUAAAAAAAGAUUAUGGGAGGCAUUUUGUUUGAUAGAGGUCCUGGGUAGAUAUUAUAGACACACCUAACGUGUAUGGUAUCAUACUGCAUAUCUGUAUUUCAUUGUAUUGUCAACUGGAUUAACAGUGAUCAAAUUAUACUAUGUUAGUAUUUUUAUGUUAUUGCGCUUCUGUUUUUGAUUCUACAAAAUAUUGUUAUUGUUUUGCAUUACAGAGGAACGUUGUGCGUAGAAAUCAACGAUUUCUCCCGGUAUCGACAGGUUUUUAGCACUAGCCGUACAUUAAGUGCUAACGUCUGCUAUUUAGCAUAAACAGACGUUCAGUCACACUACUGCACAAUUUCAUCAGGGUCAUUUGAUGCGUGUCACAAAUCUUUGAAGCCGUCUGACAGAUAUGACCCAAUAUUUGGUGUCACAAUAUUCGCUAUCAACCCUAAUUGUCUUAGGACAAAUUUGAGCAGCCACCCUUAUGUGCCAUUUUUAACCAUUGUGCCAUUGUAACAGAGGUUGACAGGCGGCCAUUGCGAACGCAAACAUGCUCUCAGUCAAACUGGAAAUAUCUGGUGCAUAUUAGUCAAAAUUCAUUUUAGGAAAAAAAAUGACUGGAUAUGAUAAUUGACAGUACUGAAAAUGGUAGUAUUAUGUUAUUUAUGUAUUAUUUUUAUUAUGUUCAAUUACUAUUGUGGGUAAAGACAUAGUCUUUUUUGGGGGGUUUGUUAUCAGUUUAAAAUCCUGGACUGCCAAAGGUAUUUUUUUCGUUCAGUGCCUUUGCUAUAUUUUAUGAUUUUUUUUAAUUUUUUGAUAAUAAAAUUAUUACAAUUGCAUUUUUAUACUCUAUUUAUUGGUAGUGAAGCCAUUUCAUUUCAACACCACUCCACACACAUUGUCUGAGAUGUGUGUUUGUGUGUGUGUGCCUAUACAAAUAAACACUGAAGACAACAGGGGGAGCAAAAAGACAGUGUGUUAUGGUCAUGUGGCUGUGUUGUUAAGCUUUGGUUGUGCGUUUAGUCGCCGACCCGCUUUGUUGUUUGUUAGAGAUAUCUUGCUAACCAACAGUGUUUGUACCACAAAACCAAAUUUGUGUAAAACUGACUUAAUAAACAGAUCAUUUCAAAGGA